AUGCACCUCUUCAAGUGCCUCAUAAAACUACUUGGCAUCGUGCCUGUUUCCAUCCUCUCGCCAAAUAGGAAAGAAAGUUGGGAAGUGCUGGACCGGGACAGAAACAUGAUCGACAGCCAACACCACGGUCUUAGCAAAAGAGGAGGACUAUGGGGAUUGUGCAUCCUCUUGCUUUACACCAGCCCUCUCUCCUGUUUUGCAAAUUUCAGCCAAGCGAAAGAGCUCAUCUAUAAGAUAAAGGAGGGAUUACCCAGAGGGACCUUCAUAGGGGCCAUCGGAGUAGACUUAAAUUUGGAUUUUACUGUUGAGCCCCCCUUUUUAUUCAAUCUCCCGCAAAAGAAGGUCAGUGGACAGUAUGUGAAUCUAAAUAAUACCACUGGAGAGCUUUUCACAUCUGCCACAGAGAUUGACAGGGAGACCCUCUGUCCUGAAAACUCAGAGGGACGGGGAUGUGUCCUGUCGCUGGAUGUCUUUGUGUUGCCUCAGCAGUACUUUCAGCUCAUCAAAGUCAAGAUCGUCAUUGAGGAUGUGAACGACAACAGGCCAAUGUUCCCCACAGAUGAGAUCUGCUUGUCUGUCCCUGAAAACACACCGAUUAAUGCUCGUUAUGCAGUGGAGCAGUCUGCGGUGGACCCGGACCUGGGUGUUCACGGAGUGCAGACCUACUGGCUGGUUAACGACUUUGGUGUGUUCACGCUGGACGUUGAGGAGAACGAGGGUGGAGAGCUGACACCUUUUCUCAUUGUGACAGAAGCCUUGGACAGAGAGAAACAGGCUGAAUACAUUACAGAUAUCAUCGCAGAGGAUGGCGGGACCCCUCCUCUUCUCGGUGCUGCUACUUUAAAGAUUUUCAUCACAGAUGUGAACGAUAACUGCCCCCAAUUCACAGAGUCACAUAUUAAUGUGACUCUGUAUGGGAAUACCAGCAAAGGGGCCCAUUUGGCACGUUUGCAUGCUUUUGACCCUGACCUCGGUGCUAAUGCUCAGAUCAGCUACGCUUACAGUGAACGUGUGCCAAGGGACACCAGGAGCUUGUUCCAUUUGGACAGAAUCACAGGGGGGAUCAAGCUUGCAGGGAAAAUAGACACUGUCACAUCCACCUUUUUCAAACUCACGGUUCUGGCUAAUGGACCUGGUUGUAUCCCUGCUGUCGCCACUGUUACUGUUCAUAUCAUCCAAGUUGUGACUGGACCCCCUGCUGUCAUACCCCGGUACAUUGCACCAGAAAAGGACGGAGUGGUGAAAAUAAAGGAGUCUGAGCCAGUGUUUUCUCCGAUUGCUUUUUUUACUAUUAAAAACAUUGAUAUGAACCAAAGGGUGGACUGUCUUCUGGAAGGGACUGGUCCCUUCAGACUGGGCCCCUAUCAGCAGUUAAAAAAUGAAUACCUGCUGGAGACUACAGAGCCCCUGGACUAUGAAAAGAUACAGGAGUAUGAACUGAUUGUGGUUGCUAAGAAUACUGGAGGGCUUGUCAUCAAGACCUUCCUCAAGGUGCAGGUUUUGGAUGAGAAUGAUAACGCACCAGUGUUCCAGCAGUCUUUGGUGGAAAUAUCUGUGGAGGAAAACAAUACACCAAACACCUUUCUAACACAACUCCAAGCCUCAGACCAGGACAGCGAAAACCGAGGGGAGGUCAUCUACCUCCUUGGAGGUGACACCCCUGGGAUCUUUGCUAUAGAUCGAGUGACAGGUGUCCUGACUGUGACCACGUCGCUGGACCGUGAGGAGAAAGAGAAAUACCGAUUCAUAGUGAGAGCAGUGGAUCAGGGGACGCCCAGGAGGGAGUCGAUUGCAACUGUGGUGGUGACGGUGCAAGAUCGGAAUGACAACAGCCCACGCUUCAUCAAUAAGGACUUUACUUUCUUUGUUCCAGAGAACUUCCCAGGGUAUGGUGAGAUUGGAGUCCUCUCUGUGAUGGAUGCUGAUGCUGGAGAAAAUGGCUGGGUGGCCCUUUCCAUCCUGAACGGCAGUGACAUCUUCAUGAUAGACACAGGGCGAGGAGCACUGAGGGCCAAGACAUCACUGGACCGUGAGCAACAAGGGACUUACACAUUGUGGAUUGAGGCCAUUGAUGGUGGAGAACCUGCUCUUUCCUGUGUCACCAUGGUGACUGUAUUGUUGUUGGAUGUAAAUGACAACCCACCUAUUGUCCUCUUUCCUCAGUCCAAUCAGUCCUACAUGCUAGUUCUCCCAAAUACGUUACCAGGAACAUCGAUCACAGAGGUGUAUGCCGUGGAUAAGGAUACAGGCAUGAAUGCUGUGAUCGCCUAUAGUAUCGUUAAGAGGAAAGGUGGAGAACCGGGGUCCUUCGCCAUUGACCCAGAAACAGGAAAUAUCACUUUAAAGAGAGAACUCAGCAACCGGGGCCUCUACAGCCUUCUGGUGAAGGUCAGUGAUCAUGGUCAGCCAGAACCACUUUACUCAACAGUAAUGGUCAACUUCUUUGUCAAUGAAACAGUGAGCAAUGAGAGUUACAUCCAGAGUCUGCUGACCAGAGAGGCUGACAUAGAGAUAGAGGAGAGGCCUUGGUACAUUGGCCAGAUGACAGAGGGGCCUGAACGGUAUGAGCGGUUCCCAUGUCAGCCUGUCCUCAUUUUUCUCUCAGUUGCCUGCCUGGGGCUACUCUUCGCAGUCAUUACUCUGACAGCUUACAUAUGCUGUAAGAGGUUUAAAAAGCACAGAAAGAAAAGAUCGGAAGUGGAAAUACCUUUAAAAAUGAAGAACGACUCCAUGCAGGUUGUGAACAGAAAGCUCAGGCAGAUCUCGAAUAUUUAAUACUCAGCUGUCCACAAAUUCCAAAAAGUACCACCGCUGUUUACAAGAAUGUUUACAAAACUCACUGUGAGAAAUGUAGGUCUCGUAUGAAGUUGCUCUUUUCGCUUUUGUCAUAUAAAUUUUAUUACUGCAAAACAUUGUGAUUUAAAUUGUAUGCCACACUAGUCCUGUGCUCUCCCUUCUGCUUCUAAUCACGUCUAUGAACACCAACACUUGGGUUGUGUGUCAGCAAACCAAAGUAAAGAAAUAAUUGUAUUGG